AGAUGAGGAAGCAUAAGAAGAAGUGCCUGGUGCAGAGCCCCAACUCCUACUUCAUGGAUGUGAAGUGCCCAGGAUGCUACAAAAUCACCACCAUCUUUAGCCAUACACGAACAGUAGUUUUGUGUGUUGGCUGCUCCACUGUUCUUUGCCAGCCUACAGGAGGAAAAGCAAGGCUUACAGAAGGAUGA